GUGUGACAUUUAUAGAGAGAGAAACAGAAAGAGAUAGAGAGAGAGAAAGAGAGAAGAAGAAGAAGAAGUGUGAGAAAUUGUAGAAUUAGCCGAAAGAAAAAAGAUGAAACACGGCAUGCACACUGGUCUCUCUGUGUACCCAUUUACGGGUAUUUCAACAAUACUCUCCCAAUUUGAUAAGGAGAUCUAAGCAAAUUUUGAUGGCGAAAACUGGGGUUUUCGAGGGGGAUCCAACGAUGGUGGCGAAGGCGACAGAGUUGAAGAAAGAGUUACAGAGACUUGUCAAUGUAAUUGUCAACCAAGACGAGGACGAUGAUGAUGACUACCAUUUCAAUGUCAACAAAAUCGAUCGAGCCACCCAGACGCUCUGUGCAUUGAAGGAAUUGAAGUCCAAGAGACCAGUCUCUUUGAAAUUGCACGACUCCUUGGCUUGUCCGCAUCAGUUUCUCUGCCCUCUUUCCAAGGAACUCAUGAGAGAUCCUGUUGUUGUGGCCACCGGUCAGACUUAUGAUAGACCCUUUAUCCAGAGAUGGUUAAAAGGGGGGAACCGAACGUGCCCUCAAACCCAGCAAGUCCUUUCCCAUACCCUCCUAACGCCUAAUCUUUUGGUUCGGGAAAUGAUAUCACAAUGGUGUAAGAGUCAUGGGAUCCAAUUACCAGACCCUGUUCAAGAUUCCAAUGAGGAUGGGUUAACAGAAGCGGACCGGGACCAUUUUCUUUCUUUGCUUGAGAAGAUGUCUUCAACACUGUCCGAUCAGAAAGAAGCUGCAAGAGAAUUGCGGUUGUUGACAAAGAGAAUGCCUUCUUUCCGGGCACUUUUUGGCGAGUCUCUUGAUUCAAUACCUCAACUGCUCAAUCCCCUCUCACAAAGCCGGUCUCAGAGUGAUGAAAUUCACUUAGAUCUUCAAGAAGACUUAAUCACAACACUUUUGAAUCUUUCAAUCCACGACAACAACAAGAAGUUUGUUGCGGAGACCCCAAUGGCUAUUCCUCUUCUCAUGGAUGCAUUGAGAUGCGGAACUAUAGAAACUAGGAGCAAUGCAGCUGCAGCCCUAUUCACAUUGUCAGCACUGGACUCCAAUAAGGCAUUGAUUGGAAAAUCUGGUGCUUUGAAACCUCUAAUCGACCUUUUAGAAGAAGGGCAUCCACUAGCUAUGAAGGAUGUUGCAUCUGCUAUUUUUAACCUAUGUAUCAUCCAUGAGAACAAGGUGAGAGCUGUGAGGGAUGGUGCAGUUAGAGUGAUCGUAAAGAAGAUUAUGAAUUGUUUGCAUGUUGAUGAAUUGUUGGCUAUCCUUUCGAUGCUUUCAAGCAAUCCAAAGGCUGUUGAGGAAAUGGGAGAUCUUGGAGCUGUUCCUUGUCUGUUUAGUAUAAUUAGGGAGAGUGCUUGUGGCCGUAACAAGGAGAAUUGCAUUGCGAUCCUCCACAGCAUUUGUUUUAGCGAUCGAACCAAGUGGAAGGAGAUGAGAGAGGAAGAGAAUACUUAUAAAACAAUCUCUCAGCUUGCUCAAAAUGGGACUUCUAGGGCAAAGAGGAAGGCCAGUGGUAUUCUUGGUAGACUGAAUCGGGCUGUCAAUCUUACCCAUACGGCAUGAUCAGGUCCCUCAAAAUUAUGUAAAUUCUACAUCUUCUUGCACUACAAUCAGCAUAUGCGGCUCACAUAUCUUGUGUGAACCUCCAUGUUGUAAAUUCUGUUUCUCCUCUGGAGUUUCAGUCUCAGGUUAAUGAGUUACAGUUACUGUGAAUAAUUAUGACUAAAGCUUUUUUUUAUGCUCUCUCUAUAUAUAUAUUGGGCAAUAAUUAAUGCACAUA